AUGGAAAGUAUUUCGCUCAACUUAAAUUUUCAUGACACAUUGGAAUGCCCAAUAUGCUGUGAUUACUACACCCCUCCUAUAUAUUUGUGUCCAAACGGCCACAGCAUUUGUGGAACUUGUUCCUCAAAUUCAAGAUGCUGCCCGCUCUGCCGAGCCCAAUUAAGCCGAGUUUCACGAAAUCUUGUCCUUGAAAACAUCCUUGAACAAAUUUCAGUCCCUUGCAAGUUUGAAGGCUGCAAAGAAAACACGACGCUGGCAAAUCGCAAUCAGCAUUUCAAAGUGUGCCCUUUCAAUAAUUUCACCAAGUGUAUUGAAUGCAAUAAUAAUGAAGAAGACUUAGUAGCUCAUUUAAUCAGAAACCAUGAGUAUAAAGAAAUCUCAAUGGAAGAGUCAGGAGGCCUCAGAUCAUUUUCAGGGCCGUUUGAUUCCUGGGUAAGAGAUACAGACUGGCCGAAAGGAGUUUGAAGAUUUGGAAAUGAUCCACUGGUCGUUCACGCGAAAAGUUAUGGAGGCAUUUUCCACAUUUUUUUGUACAGAAUUGCCCGAAAGCCGAUGAAAGUAAGUUUGAAGGUUGAAAAUGGGGAUUACUCAAUAUCUUUUAAAGGGGAAAUUCCGAAUAUUAUGGAAUACAAAGAAAAAAUGACUGACCCUCAUUUCAAUUGCGAGGUUAAUUUAUUGCUGAGCAAUUUUGUAAAAAUGCACGAUGAUGAUGAAGAAAUUUUGAGACUUAGCAUGAAAGUAAAGCGGCUUCCAUCUGUUGAAAUGCAAAAAUAA